UUAUUUACAACCAAGAUACCGAAGUGGACAGUUGUGGAAAAGUUUGUGCAGAUAUUUUCUAUAAGUUUUUUUGUUUUUAUCGCUGUGUCUGUGAAUUUCGUAUCCAUAUCAAGUGCAAAACCACUAUUUUCAGUAGGUUAUGUUUCUAACCUCAUGUGUUUAUUUCUGUUAAACAAUAAUAUUUGGAUUCGAACAAAUAAAGUAUUCUGAGCUGUUGGUGAGGUGUGUUUGCCUGCUGACACCAUGGAGCCCUCAAAUGUCAUGGCUGAUGUAACCAAUUUGAUCAAGGAAUGGGAAGAACAGCAUGAGCUUCCGAUGUAUGAUCCUGUUCCAACAUUGAAUAGAUUGGCUGAGAUUAUUGAAAUAGAAACAGAAAAUUAUUUAAAAAUGGACCCAGACCCAUUUGAUGAGAGGCAUCCAUCUCGUGCUGAUCCAGAAUGCAAGCUUGGUCAAAUAUUGAAAGCCCUUUUCAAAAAGGAGUCCUUCAUGACUAAAUUAGUUAAUGACUACCUUAGAGAUACUUAUUUUUCUAGAUUAUCAGUCACAGGAAGGAGUGUUGAUCAAUUAAAUAUAGGAGCUUGUCGAUUGAUGCUUGACAUAUUACCAGGUUUAGAAACUACUGUUGUGUUUCAGCCUGAUCAUGAUGGUUUAAUACUUAGACUAAUUAAAUGGGCUACUGAAUCUAUUGAACCAUUGCAAACAUAUGCAACAGGUUUACUAGCUGCAGCCAUGGAAAUACCAGAAAUAGCAACCAGAUUUAGGGAACAAAACUCAAAAUUGGUUCCAUUGUUCUUGAAGAGAUUGAGACGUUUACAGAAAAAUUCAGAUUUUAUACCAAUCCAAGCAACACAGAGUUCAAGGCCUUUUGCACAUUUUGCCAAAUCACCAAUGAAAGACGAUAGUGCACAGAGACAAGUGGAAAAUGGGCAUCUUACGCCAGUGAAACGGCCACAGGCGUUUUUGGAGAUGCAACACAGUGGAUGCAGUGUGCGGACAGAUGGAGACAACGAAGAGGAUUGUAACGCUAGGAAAAAGCUUAAGUUGGAUCUAUCGCCGUCUCCGCCAACACCCAUCAAAAGUCCACCGCCACGGAGUGUAUUAUAUAAUAAAAAUGUAGUUCACAAUGAAUCCAGCAAUUCGUCUUGGGCCGAGCUGGAGACCUUCAUGAUUGGAAGCAUACAGAUCUUUCCACCUACACAUGCGACGCGACAAAUAUUAAUUUUACGUUAUCUAACACCCAUGGGAGAAUAUCAAGAGUAUUUGAGUCACGUUUUUGAGAAUAAUGCUCUGGAACUAAUAUUAUCCUACGUGAAUGUUAGGGAAACGAAAAAAGCUCGCUUGGCUUUCGAAGCUUUGAAGUAUUUGGCUGCGUUAUUAUGUCACAAGAAGUUCUCAAUUGAAUUUAUUCAAUUUAAAGGAUUAGACUAUUUAUUGGAGGUGCCGAGACCCUCGAUAGCAGCAACCGGUGUAUCUAUUUGUUUGUAUUACCUGGGUUAUUGCGAAGAAGCGAUGGAGCGGGUUUGCUUACUUCCUAAGUAUAUGCUUUCAAAUUUGGUUCAGUAUGCUCUUUGGUUAUUGGAAUGCUCGCACGAUUCCGGUCGAUGCCACGCGACUAUGUUCUUCGGACUGACCUUUCAAUUUAAAGUCGUUUUAGAUGAAUUUGAUGCUCAGGACGGUUUGCGUAAAUUGCAUAAUGUUAUCUCCACAUUAUCAAUUUUAUCGAACGACGCAGUACCUAUUAAUGAGGACACAGAAUGUGCUGCGAGACAAAUCGUGCGGCACGUGUGCGUCGCGUACAAGAGAUAUUUGGAAGCGCAUUUGUCCACUAAAUCGGAACAAAUGAGAAGAUCUCAGAUGCGACCAUCUGAACGAUCCGGUUUACCUUCGAUUCCUUCGCAGCCUACUUAUAAACCAUGCAAGUCAUCACCGGAAGAAGUGGAACAACAGAUCGAGACAUUGCUGCAGAAUAUGCCCUUCAAAAUGCAUUGGUUGCCAGUAGAGCAACUCCUCAAGUUAGGGGCGAUCACGUUGCUGCUGAAGAUCAUAGCAUUCGCUUACGAAUGGAAUUACAGUGGCAGAGCGGAAACAGUCAGGUGCGCAUUAGAUGUUAUAUACAUCGCUUGCGUUAUGCCAAGAGUUCAAAUGCUACUGUGUGAGAGGGUGGACCUUCCAGAAGAAUCUAUUACUCUUGGUAUUACAAUUGUACUUGGCGCCGCUGAGGGGGAGAUUGUCGCCGACGCAGACGUUCAAAAGUCUGCUCUUAGGAUAAUAGUAAACUGCGUUUGUGCACCUGUAAAUAGGAUCGGUGGAAACAUGUCUCGUUUUUCAUCUGGCUCGACUCAAUCUCCAAGCAAAAAGACCAAAGUUAAAAGUUCAGAAGAGCUUAUCCAACGCGUAUGGGAUUGUUUUCGAACGAAUAACGGGAUUAUGGUAUUGUUGCAAUUGAUGAACAUUAAGAUACCUAUCACAGAUGCUGAUUGUAUGAGAACACUGGCAUGCAAAGCUUUAGCCGGUUUAGCCAGAUCGGAUACGGUCAAGCAAAUUGUCUCCAAAUUGCCGCUCUUUCAAAAUGGACAAUUACAAAGUUUGAUGCGGGAUCCAAUUUUGCAGGAGAAAAGACAAGAGCAUGUGACUUUUCAAAAGUACGCUCUGGAGCUUCUAGAAAGGUUAUCCGGUAAAGCAACACAAAGCAAUAGCGAUACAGACGUUUCAUUGGUGAACAUACAUCGGGCUAGUGUCGUUGCACAAACAAAAAUUCAAUUCAACGAUAAACAGUUAAUGCAGUUGAUUCAUCAGCAUCUCAUGUCGAAAGGUUUGUCAGACACGGCGAGUGCCUUGCAAAAGGAAGCAAAUCUUGCAACCGUCACCUUAUUAAAUCAGAACCAUCCUUCGAAAUUCCGCUACUCGUCACCUUCAACACCAACUCGAACGAGAUUAUCUUUUUCGACGCAUACACCGAUUCAUCGCAACCAACUCAGCAUCACUGCAGCCCAGGAGAGUCAAUCGACGACGUCCGGUUUGAACGGUGGAGGCCCUUCGAACAGUCCAGCAAUUAAAAUUAUCAAAAAAAUAAAUAACUCUGUAAGUACACCUGUGGUAAGCACUCCGCCGAAUUCUAGGCUGCAAAAGCAAAUUUCCAAUGAACCACAGCACAUGAAGGUCCUUCCUCUCACAUCAAUAGAAGAUAACAAUGUAGAGCCACGAAUAACGCUCGAAUCCAUCAUAACGGAAUACCUGACCAAUCAGCACGCUCUGUGCAAAAAUCCUAUGGCCACCUGUCCACAAUUCAAUUUGUUUGUUCCUCACAAGUGUCCAGAUCCUAAACCUAGGAUAACAGCUUCAAACAAUUUCAUCGUGCGUUGCGCCAGGAGGCAGAUGGGCUUCCAGUCAAGGAAUAUGGACCGAAGACUAACCCACUCCAGGUUUUGCCCUGUACAGACGAUACGAUUGCCCAACGACGAUUUGUUCUUCACCUGCGCCAAAUUCAUGCCCGGUGAUAAGAACAUCGUAGUCGGUGAUUUCUCCGGAGAAGUACGGCUUUUCAAUAUGAACACCGGAAACGUGGAAUCCAUGUUCCAAGCGCACGACAGCUAUAUCAUGCAUAUGGAACCGAAUUGGAAGGGUGAUCUUCUCCUCACUAGCACGACCUGGGGUAGACCGCUAUCCGCACUCUGGUCUAUGAAAGACUAUGAUAUGAAGUUUCCACUAGAAAAUGAAGAUUACGUCGAGUUCAGUAAAGUAUCGCAAGACAAAAUUUUAGGAACCGAAGGAGAAGCUGCAACGAUAUUUGAUGUUGCAACGGGAUUGCGUAUACAGAAUUUAGUUCCCACCAUUAGUAAUCAGUACACAAAGAAUAUGGCGACGUUCAGUCCUAACGAUGAAUUGGUACUAUCGGAUGGCGUUCUGUUCGACGUUGCUUCUGGUAAGCCAAUUCAUAAGUUGGAUAAGUUAAAUCAAACGCAGAGUGGCGUUUUUCAUCCAAAUCGGUUCGAGAUCGUAUCUAAUACGGAAGUGUGGGAUUUGCGAACGUUCCAUUUACUAAAAACUGUGCCCGCAUUGAACCAAUGUACUCCGCUGUUCUCACCGCUCAAUAACGUGAUAUACGCUUUAAAAAUGGAGCAGGAAACAGACGAAGACACGAUGUUCGAUUCGAGCUUCAAGACAAUCGAUGCAGUCGAUUACUCGAACAUCGCCACAAUUGAUGUGAAAAGGAAUAUUCACGAUCUGGUCGUGAACAAAUUCGACACGUUGAUUGCUGUGGUUGAGAAUCAGGGUAUGUAUCAUUCUGUGAAAGAGUCUGUGGUCAGAUUGUACGAUGUCGGGCGAAGGAGGGACGACGAAGAUGAUCUGGAGGAAGAAGACGAGGAGGACGAUAUGGGCUCCGACGACGAUGGUUCAGACAUACCAACAAUUUUAGAUAUGGAUGCUGACGAUGCCGAAGCGAACACAAACGACAACGAUGACGAUGAAUCAGAAGAUCUGUGGACGGAUCUUAGUGGAAGCGAAAUUGACUCUUCGCCAUCGGACAGCACGAGCUACGACUCAGGCGAUGAGAUUGUUUUCUAAAUCAUAACCUAACCUAAUGUUGAUAUUCUGUAAGCUGAAUUGUUUCAUUUCAGAAUAUCGACAUUAUAAUAAUUUAAAAAGCGUGUAAAUAUAUAAUAGUAUUAAGU